CCUUAAUCAAGGGACUGGAACAGCUGCCACUAAGUCCCAGAAGAAAUGAGCCUUAGGACUGCGAAGAACAACCAAUGCAGCUUGGUCAGGCUCACCGCUCACCUUCUGCGAGGAGGAGGCGGAUGGUUGCUGAUGAGUGUCUAUCCUGUGGUGACAGCGUGGGGCUGUUCAGCGCGGUCCAGCUGGUGGAGCUCAGUUGAGACGUCAGAGCCAGCUCGGACAGCGGGGACAAGGGGCGUGGUUUGGGGACUAUCUCGAGGUGCGCCUCACGGACCGAGCUGUGAUUGGUUGGCCCGCCUGGCAAACGGCACGCGACUAUGGAUGUUGCUAUAAAGAACCCUCGCGUGCCUGUUCUUCAGCUAAAAGUUCAGCUAGUGCAGAGCGCGAGCACAGUGUCAAAGGAAAGACGAGUGUGAUUGUUUCCGCAGUAACAGCAGGAAGAAGACAAACAUGGACGGGGUGCUGGACCCUUUCUCUGGACUAGACUCUUUCUCCUCCCCUCCUUAUUUCGAUGAUGACGAGUUUUUCACCGACCAGUCCUCUCGAGAUGGACACUUGGAGACUGAUGACUUUCUGGAUGACGAAGUGGACUUCCUCUCGGGUCAUUUUCAAGACUAUUACAGCAAAGACGGCAACGGCAGAGGAGCGCCUCACGAUGGAGACUACGACAUCGGCAACCUGUCCUUCUCCUCUUCGUCCUCCGUCUUCUCCUACGGCUGCGCAGACAGCACGCCGGAGCUGUCUCCUCGGAUGGGCCAUCACGGCGGGCCGUUGCUGAAGCGCAGGAGGCGGAUGAGGUCUGAGAUGGAGAUGCAGCAGCUGAGGCAGGCGGCCAACGUCAGGGAGCGGCGGAGGAUGCAGUCCAUCAAUGACGCGUUCGAGGGCCUACGCUCCCACAUCCCCACUCUGCCCUACGAGAAGAGACUCUCUAAAGUGGACACUCUGCGGCUGGCCAUCGGCUACAUCAACUUCCUGGCUGAGCUCGUGCAGUCUGACCUUCCUAUUAGAAACUCCAGCAGCGACAUGCACGCGCAGCCGAAGAAAGUAAUCAUCUGCCACAGAGGAACAAGGUCCCCGUCGCCAAGCGACCCCGACUACGGCCUGCCUCCGCUGGCCGGUCACUCGCUGUCUUGGUCGGAUGAAAAGCAGCUCCGGGAGCAGAACAUCAUCCGCACCUCAAAGGUCUGGACACCGGAGGACCCCCGAAAGCUGCACAGUAAACCGGGCCUCACAGACAUCGAAAACGAGCCUCCCUUCAACCUGGUGGCCUGAACAGCAGCACAAGCCAUGCGCCAUGGAAAUGUGAAGACUGUAAAGUGUAUCACAGUAUUGUCUGUCAAUGUGAAAAGGAGCAGCAUGUGAGCUGAUUUUACAGUUUUACAUACUGGCCUCAGUGCUGUACAUAGUUUUAUCAUGUUGAUAAUUUUAUUUUUGUAAUUCAAGCAGCUGGCAAUCAUGUAUUUAUUUUGUUUCACAGGUGAUAAUAUAUGUUUUAAUUUAAAUGUACUGUAAGACAAAAUGUAUUUUUAUAUCGGUCUACAAUGAUUUAUAUUUAUAUGCUCUCUUCAAAUAAAAGAACUCAUAAGAAGA